AUGGUGGCGAGGGCUCUGGAAGUCUUGAGAGUUGUGAACAAGCUUCGCCUGGAAAAUGUCCAAUACAAUUCCUACGAAUUCAAAAACAGCUCUGCUCGCUGCCCGCUGGAUUACAGCGAGUCCGCAGUCAAGGCUCUCGACAGCCUUCAGAAAAGAGAUAGCGCGCAACCAGCCAACACUUCUAGCACCUAUAGCUAUUCAAUUCCCGCAGACCUGCGAGAGGCAGCCCGCAUAAUGGCAGAGGCUAGUCCUCCUUCUCCGUCAACGGGCAAUCACGAUGCACUUGCUGCUCAGGUGCGCGCCAAGUACGGGGUCAAGCAAAACGAUAGUUUGAUUCCGACACAGGUGUUGCGGCGACCGAAUGGGCUCCUUGAAUAUGCACAGUUUGAACCGGAGUACAGGGGUAAUUCAACCGACGGAUCUCUGGGGAAGAGAUCUUUCUCCGCCUGGUGGAUGGCCACCAUGCAGCAACGAGGGGCCAACCCAUAUGCCCCCAAUGAUUACAAAGUCUGGAGGAACGUCAUGGACUAUGGUGCUAAAGGCGACGGAUUGACGGAUGACACCGCCGCCAUCAACCUCGCCAUCUCGGACGGAAACCGCUGCGGUGCCAGCUGUGGUUCGAGUACGAUUUACCCAGCAGUCGUUUAUUUCCCUCCUGGAACGUACCUGGUCAGUAGCUCGGUUAUUCAGUAUUACAACACGCAGUUGAUAGGCGAUCCGUUGGAACUACCCACAAUCAUGGCGGCGUCCAGCUUUGUCGGCCUAGGCGUUAUCACAUCCAACGUCUACGUCGGUGACCAGGAAGAAUGGUAUAUCAACACCAAUAACUUCCUUCGCAGCAUUCGUAAUUUCAAACUAGAUAUUACUAGGACUGCCCAGGACGCCUAUGUCUGUGCAAUUCAUUGGCAAGUUGCUCAGGGAACUUCCCUUGAGAAUAUCUACUUCUAUAUGUCCCAGGAUCCAGCCACAACACAGCAGGGGCUAUAUAUGGAGAAUGGAAGCGGGGGUUUUAUGAGCGAUCUUACUUUCGUCGGUGGCAAUUUCGGAGCGUACUUGGGUAACCAGCAAUUUACCACCAGUCACAUGGUGUUUGUGAACUGCAAGACCGCCCUGCAAAUUCACUGGGAUUGGGCUUGGACCAUGCAGGACGUUGUAAUCGAAAGUUGCACUACUGGGAUUGUGAUCAUCGGCGGCGCAGGUGGCCCAUUCAGCACUGGUCAGGGUGUGGGCUCAUUUGUGCUCGUCGACGCAGUCAUUGCCAAUACCCCUACAGGCAUCAUUACCACACUUUAUAGUAAGAACUCAACCGCACUGCUGCUGCAGAACGUCGGCUUCUAUAACACCCAGAAUGCCAUUUUUGACGACAACGUGAAGCAAGCCUUGGUAUCUGGGGGUGAUGCAACUGUCCUUGACUCAUGGGGCUUUGGCAUGGUCAACGACCCUUCCGGGACGAGGUUUGUCUCUGGAGAAAAUCUCCCAGUCAUGAACAGAACACAAUCACUGGUCGGCUCGAAUGUCUACAAUAUCAAACCGAAUUUCUUCACCCGACGAAGGCCCCAGUAUCAUGACCUUGGUUCGACUCAAGUGUUAGAUGUUAAGGCGCUUGGUGCAAAAGGUGAUGGGAUUACAGAUGAUACUACUGCACUGAAUAGCAUCUUAGCUCGUGGUGCUAAUAUGUCCUCAAUUAUAUUUUUCCCCCAUGGUGUCUACGUGAUUAAGAACACUCUGAAGAUUCCAAAGGGAUCGCGAAUCUUAGGCCAGGCCUGGUCUCAGAUCAUGGCUACAGGGCCGCAGUUUGAGGACAUUGAUCACCCUUCUGUGGCCGUCCAGGUCGGUGAUCCGGGAGAUGUAGGAAUUGUUGAAAUCCAGGAUAUGCUUUUCACAGUGUCUGGUCCUACUGCUGGUGCGGUUCUUAUGGAGUGGAAUAUCCACGAGUCGACGCAAGGCUCAGCAGGUCUAUGGGAUUCUCACUUCCGUGUCGGAGGUGCCAUCGGCUCCAAUUUGCAAGCAGUAAAUUGUCCAAAGGGUACUGGCACAGUGAAAAAAGAUUGCAUCGCAGCCUCAUUGAUGCUGCACCUAACCAGAUCCUCAUCGGCAUACCUGGAGAAUGUAUGGGUCUGGACUGCAGAUCAUGAUCUAGAUUUGGUCUCUCAAGAUCAACUUGAUGUCUACACGGCUCGUGGCGUCUUGGUAGAGAGCCAAGGCCCUACAUGGCUGUACGGCACCGCGUCCGAGCAUAGUGUGCUCUACCAGUACCAGCUUCACCAAGCCAAGGAUGUUUUAUUAGGGAUGAUUCAGACUGAGUCGCCAUACUUUCAACCAAUUCCUCCUGCCCCCGAGCCCUUCAGGAUUGGUCUGUUUGCCAGUGAUCCCGAUUUUGGUAAUUGCACUGUCGGCUCGCCAACUUGCGCGCUGUCCUGGGCAGUGCGGAUUGUUGAUUCUUCGUCAGUGCUUCUCCUUGGAGCAGGGCUCUAUAGUUGGUUCUCAGAUUAUUCCCAAACUUGUCUGGACACCGACAACUGCCAGGACCGUGGAUUCCAUAUUGAAGAAAGUUAUGACAUCUGGAUCUACAAUCUUGUCACCAAAGCUAUUAAGGAAAUGGUGAGUCCCUCCAGCGACACGCCGACAUACGCCAGGGAUAAUAAGAACGGGUAUAUGUCCUCCCUUCUUGCGUGGGUUCGAGGCCCUAAGGCAAUUAUCGGAGGCCGCAACUUCCCCGGCUUCUACGUCUGGGACCUUGACGCAGAUGCUGAUGCUUUGGAGGGGUUGCCCAGUUCCUGUCGAACAGCGCUGGCGGAGGUAAUCCAAUGUGACCGCUAUGUUCAGACCUUCCUGAGACAAGAAUAUCGGCAGUCUUUGCACAACGACACCCUCACCGCAUCAGUCUGCGACUCUGCCUGUGGAGAAUCUUUGAAAGGCUGGUUUGACAACGUCGCGAGCACUUGUUCGGGACACAACGUCAGUAGCUCUGCCCCAACCAAAUUCGGUGGGCAAAUAUGGGCAGGUUGGAACGAGACCUGUCUCCAGGACCGGGUUACAAGACAGUAUUGCAAUGACGUGAUCGCUGAGUUUGACGCCGUGAGCACGGAAGCUCUGCCACACGACCAGCUCUGCUCCUUCUGUUUUGUGGAAAGACUCGAAAUGAUGCAAAGGUCUCCAUAUUCAGUGUAUGACGAAUACUUCCAGGCAGACUUACAAGUUGUACAUGAGAAAUGCGGUUUGAAGGGCCCUACUGAUAUGCCACCAUCGCUUGAUGCGGUUCCCGAACUGGACCCCGAUCCGAUCUGCGUGUCAGGCAACACAUAUACGACCACAUCCGCAGGUGAGACGUGCGAUUCCAUUGCGCUAAAGUCCAAUGUCUCGUCGGCGGCCUUGUUCAUGGCCAACCCAGCGGUCUCCGUGGUGUGCGGCAACAUCGCAGCGAACCUGGCGCUCUGCCUUCCCUUUCCCUGUGAGACCACUUAUGUCCUCAAGGCCAACGACACAUGCACCUCCAUCGAGCUAGCAAAUAACUACCGACUUGGGGAUGUAAGGCGCUAUAAUUCGUGGGUGUCGUGGGACUGCAGCAACCUUCAAAAAUCCGUUGAACUUUAUGGCAGCGUUUUAUGCCUGGGUCCCCAGGGAGGGACUUAUUCCAGCACCGCCCCCAUCGCAAAGGCAACAGUGAGCCCUGUUGAAAGCACAGGAUAUCUGCAAUCAAUCGUGCCGCCACCGUCCAACGUUACGGUCGCCAAUGGCACGACGCUGCGGUGUGGUAAGUGGCAUGUUGCUGUGGAUGGUGAUUCAUGUCCAUCCAUCUGCAUCCAGGAAUCCAUAACUGCGGAUUUAUUCUUAGAGGUCAAUCCUUCCUUGUCAUCUGGACUGAACUGCACUGGAAGCCUUGUGCGCGGGAGCGCGUACUGUGUUGGUCCUAAUCCGGGUUGGAAAACUCCCCUACCUCCGCCGACCGCUCUUCCUCUUCCUGAUGAGAGUGAGAGCUCCUCGCCAAUACCAUCUUCAUCUACUCGGCCCACUCGGUGA